AGAACAAGCCAGAAGCUACAGACAGCAUACACCGUGUCGUAAAAAUCGCAUCACUUACAACCGUUGGAUCUUCAUUUCUAUCUCCUUCUCCCUCUCUUUCUUCUUCCUCCUCUCUUCUGUCUCUGCCAUCUGACCUGUGGGUUAUUACAGAUAUUCAAACAACUCUCACCCCUAUCUCCUUCGCCUCUCUCUCUCUCCCUCCCCGAUUCUAAAGAGCUGAUUAGGAUUUCUCGAUUUGAUUCAAACCGUACCUCACCGGAUAAGAGACGAAGAUAACAGAUAAAAGGAGGAGGAGGAGGAUGACGGAUUCGAGCGUGGAGAUGGCACAAAUCUUGGCGACGGAGAUGACGAAUUGGUGGGAGGAGGUUAACGAGUCAACUCAAUGGCAAGACGGGAUCUUCUUCGCUCUCUGUGGAGCUUAUGCUCUUGUUUCCGCCAUCGCUCUUGUUCAGUUGGUAAGGAUUCAAAUGAGAGUGCCUGAGUAUGGGUGGACCACUCAGAAGGUCUUUCAUCUUAUGAACUUUGUCGUCAAUGGAGUUCGCGCUGUUCUGUUUGGAUUUCACCAUCAAGUAUUUCUCGUCCAUCCCAAGGCUCUUUGCUGGAUAUUAUUGGAUCUUCCGGGGCUCCUCUUUUUCUCGGCUUACACACUGCUCGUACUGUUCUGGGCAGAGAUAUAUCACCAGGCAAGAAGCUUACCAACGGAUAAGCUGCGGAUAACCUAUAUUUCAGUCAAUGUUGCUGUUUAUUUGGCUCAGGUUGUUAUAUGGGUAUGCAUUUGGGUAAAUGAUAACAGCACUGUGGAGUUAGUUGGAAAGAUAUUUAUGUCAGUUGUAUCUUUCAUCGCUGCGUUAGGCUUCUUGCUGUACGGAGGAAGAUUGUUUAUUAUGCUAAGAAGGUUCCCUAUUGAGUCAAAAGGAAGAAGAAAGAAGCUCCAUGAGGUUGGAUCUGUGACAGCCAUAUGCUUCACCUGCUUCCUCAUAAGAUGCAUUGUGGUGGGUGUAUCAGCUUUUGACAGGGAUUUAACACUGGAUGUUCUUGAUCAUCCGGUUCUGAACUUAAUCUACUAUAUGGUAGUUGAAGUACUUCCAUCGGCACUAGUCCUCUUCAUUCUGCGUAAGCUACCUCCAAAGAGAGUAUCAGCUCAAUACCAUCCGAUCCAAUAGACUAAUGUCUGAAGCCCAUCACACGGUGAGUCUGAUAAUGUUUCAAGAGAGAGUAAAGAAUCAGUUGGGGGUAAAAAGACUAAAGAAGAAGAAAUCGUAGUGGAAUCUGCGUGAGUUUUUGGAUUGCAAGAUCAUACAUGAUUUUACAGCUUUAGUUCUUUCAUGUUACUACUUUGAAAAAUCUGGUCAGGACAAGAGGGUUAACAUUUGUUUGGAGUGUUUAUGUUAUGUUGGGUUGAAAAUAAACAAACUGUUUACUUUGGUUAAUUGUUAUCAUCUUCUUCACUUUUGAAUUUACUAUA